AUGUCGCCGGAGAGCCUGCGCAAGGACAACCCUGGCCUUGUAGUCGCCAGAGUGUCCGGCUACGGGCAAACUGGGCCGAAGUGCAGUGAGCCCGGCUUCGCAUCAGUUUGCGAGGGUGUCGGCGGCUUCCGCUUUGUCAACGGCGUUCCGGGUGAGCCUCCGGUGCGGCCCAACCUCUCCAUCGGGGAUACCCUUGCCGGCAUGAACGCUGUGUUGGGUAUCUUACUGGCGCUGCUGAAACGUGGACAGCUCUCCGAAGGGGUGCCCUUUGCUUUGGGCCAGGACGUCGACUCUUCCAUCACGGAGAGUGUCUUUGGCCUGUUGGAGGCCUGUGUUCCUGAGUACGACUACGCCGGCGCGAUCCGGGAGCCGUCUGGGUCUUCCCUGACGGGGAUCGUGCCCACGGGCACAUACCCUUGCAAGGAUGGUAGCUUCAUGAUCAUCGGGGCCAACGGCGACUCCCUCUUCAAACGGCUCAUGGCAGUCAUGGGCCGGCAGGAGCUCGGCCAGGACCCUCGCUUCGCGAACAACGCGGGAAGGUGCGAGCAUCAGGACCUCCUCGAUGAAGCCAUCAUCGCGUGGACCCGGAGUAAGACGGCAGCCGAGGUUCAGGCCGCCUGCAAAGAGGCGGCCGUGCCCUGUGGCCCCAUCUACUCCAUCAAGGACAUCAUGGAGGAUGAGCAUUUCCAAGCGCGCGGCUGCUUCGAGGACGUGCACCUGCCGGACGGGCGCGCGGUGAAAGUACCUUCGAUCGGGCCCAAGCUGUCCGCAUCACCCGGAAGCACCGCGGCCGGUGGACCUCGUUUGGGACAGCACACCACAGAGGUGCUGCAAGAGAAGCUGCAGCUCAGCGACGAUGAGCUGAGCACACUGCGCACCGCGGGCAUCAUCGGUGGAGAGUAG